AUGCUCUCUCGGCAACUCCUUGCGGCUCUCCUUUUCUCUCUGGGGGUUCUGGCAGCCCCCGCACCUGGACACCAGUGUCCCGCGCCAACAGCACAGUCGGACCCGACUACCGCUCAGACGAACUCCCCGAGUACGACUAGCUCUUCUGCUUCAGCAAGCUCUCCCAGUGCGACAUCAGGUAGCUUGGAGUCGGAUGAGCUGGUUCGGGCUGCGUGGUAUACCCCCUGGAAGGCAAAUACAUUGCCUCUAGAGAAGGUCUCCUGGUCGAAGUACAACGUCAUGACCUUUGCAUUUGCCCUUACGACGAAUGAGCCCAGUGUUUUGGAGCUCGAUGCCCAAAGCAAACAGUUACUGCCUGAAUUCGUAGAACAAGCCAAGGCCAAUGGCGUGAAAGCUCUGCUUUCCAUCGGCGGUUACACAGGAUCGAAAUACUUCUCGACCGCAGUUGGAACGCCACAGAAUCGUACAGCCUUCCUCAAGGCCAUCGUUGAUAUUGCUACGCAAUACGAACUAGAUGGCAUAGACUUCGAUUGGGAAUUCCCGUACAAACCACUCUUGUCAUGCAAUGUCAUUUCUAAGGAUGAUACGGCAAACUUUCUUGAAUUCCUCCGAGAGCUGAAGAAGGACGAGAGAGGCGCUAAUCUUACACUCACAGCUGCGGUUCCUAUCAAGCCUUUCCUCGGUAUCGACGGCAACCCCUUGUCAAACGUCUCAGCGUUCGCUGAGGUAUUUGAUUACAUAGCAAUUAUGGCAUAUGACGUCUGGGGGCCAUGGUCCACCGAUACUGGGGUCGGGUUAGUCGGUCCCAAUGCUCCUCAGGAAGACCAAUGCUCGCCAAGCCCCAAAGGCUCUGCCCAGUCCGCCCUCGACGACUGGACUGAAGCCGGAUUCCCCGAGGAUCGCAUCGUACUCGGUGUUCCCUCCUAUGGCCGCGCCUACUCCGUCACUCCGAGCGAGGCUCAGAAAUUGUCCUUUGCAACUGGGAAAUUAACUGAAUACCCAGAAUUCGUUAGUAUCCCCCUUGGUCAAGGGAAGAACCUGGGACCACCUCCAAUGAUCCCUGCGGUGUCCCGGUACCGAGCGGGAAUGGUGUUUACGACUUCAGAGGACUCAUCAGCGCUGGAUAUCUUAAUAGUGAUGGCAAGGCAGCACAGGGAAUGGCCUAUGCAUUCGACCAGUGCAGCCAAACAGUGA